AUGGAACUCUCAAGAAAUACAAGUCCCGCCUCGUUGCAAAUGGGAAGUCCCAACAACUUGGAAUUGACUGCGAUGAGACCUUCAGCCCCGUUGUCAAACCGGCUACAAUACGCACAGUUCUUCACAUUGCUCUUGCUCGAGGCUGGCCACUUCAUCAACUUGACGUCCAAAACGCCUUCCUCCAUGGCGACCUUGCGGAGACCGUUUAUAUGCAUCAGCCCCCAGGCUAUGUGGACAAAAGCAAACCGGAUCAUGUGCUUAUUGAAACGCUCUCUCUAUGGCCUGAAGCAGGCACCUCGCGCCUGGAACACACGCUUUGCCUCCUACGCUAAAAGUUUGGGUUUCAAACAGAGCAGCUCCGACAACUCUCUCUUUGUCCUCAGUUCUGGAGCUGACCUGGCAUACCUCCUUCUCUAUGUAGAUGACAUAGUCCUCACUGCCUCCUCUACAGCGCUCCUGAAUCGCCUCAUCUCAGCUCUCAGUUCCGAGUUUGAAAUGUCUGAUCAAGGACCACUUCAUCAUUUUCUCGGCAUCACGGUCAAGCGCAAUGACUCUGGCCUUCUGCUUCAUCAACAAAAAUACGCAGCUGACAUCCUCCUCCGCGCAAACAUGUCAAACUGCAACCCCUGCCUCACUCCUGUAGACACGAAGCAGAAGCUCUCCGCCGACGACAGCCCACCAGUCUCUGAUCCUACAAUGUACCGGAGCCUAGCAGGCGCACUCCAGUAUCUCACGUUUACCCGUCCCGAUCUAUCCUUUGCGGUGCAACAAAUUUGCCUCUUCAUGCACGAUCCAAGAGAAAACCAUCUCAAUGCUCUUAAAAGGAUUCUUCGGUACGUCAAAGGUACCAUCUCUUACGGUAUCAAGAUGACACGUUCUACCUCGCUCUCCAUCACUGCUUACUCCGACGCAGAUUGGGCCGGCUGCCCCUCCACCAGACGUUCAACCUCUGGCUACUGCGUCUACAUAGGAUACAACUUAAUAUCUUGGUCAUCUAAACGCCAAGACACAAUCUUCCGGUCAAGCGCAGAAGCUGAAUAUCGUGGUGUAGCCAAUGCAGUUGCAGAAACGACUUGGUUGCGCAACCUUCUAAUUGAACUCAAGAUCAACGUCACUCGUGCAAUUAACCGUCGUUUACUGCGAUAA